GCGCACACGCCCGUCAUAAGGUCAGCGCGACCGAAGGUGAGUCGGUUUGGCAGACAAAUAAUUAUUAUUGUUUGACUGUGCGCGCGUAUAAUAAUAUGAAGUUAUGGUAUCGUAUUAUACCCGCGAUAAUGUAUAAUACCAUGAUUAUACGCGUUAGCUUUCCGCGAUUGCAGUAGUGAUCCCACGACUCGAAUCCUGUGAACACCGUGUUUAUAUGAUCGCAUUCGGUAUAAAAGUCGCAUCGGUAGAACUUAAUUCGAAAACAUUUAGUCGGUGGUUUUUUUUUUUCUUGGCCGAGAUUCGGUGAUCGUACGCAAUACCACCUAUAUUAUUGUACACGCAUCGUAGUAUACACAGUAACUCGUCGUCACUCGUUUCUGCUACCAACAUGAUAGUCAUGUCCAUCGGAAGCUCCGCUGUCGUCAAGUAAUCGCCAACAUACGGCGGCAGCGUAAGAAGAAGCUGCAACGUCGUCAGUAGACCAACAAGUACAUAACGUUUAUAUUAUAUUAUAUUAUAAUAUAUACGGUAUAUAGUGAGUGUGCGUGAGUGUAUAUGUGUUCUAAGAAGAAAGGAUGUAUUUUACGAAGUCGUCCGAGAUGAACGAUUACAAAUAUUCGAAAACAGCAUCGAUGCUCGGCAAGCUCGUCCACGUAAUAAGGAUUUUCGGUGUGUUCACAGCUAUUGUCAUGUUUGGGGUAGGUGUUGACAUCGCGAUACACCAUCACGAAUUUGGACUUUACAUCAUGUUAAUGUCAUUGUUGGUAUUUUUUUUGGAAAUUACUUGGGCUAUCACAUUGUUCCUAAAUGUAUGCAUAAAAAACGAAUUCAAUCCGAUAUUCAACUGUUGGGAAAUAGUGUUGUGGUUGAGGCUUUGGAAAAAAUCACUGCUAUACACAGUUUUCUCGCUGGUGUUCUUUUUAUGGCCACACGGUCUGUGGCUUUCUAACAUAGCAGGUGCCUUGCUGUUGUGGCUAUCAUUUUUAUACAUAGUCAUCACGUUCAAAGACUUCGCACACAAACGUUCGGAUUUUGUCAUUGUGCCCAAAGGACAAGCAUCCACGUCGUACGACCAGUACGAUGAUAUAACUGAUUUGCUCGGAGAUUCCAUUCAUGUGUCGUUGUCUGCUGACAAUUUAUCAGAAUUAGACCAAGAUGGAAUAUUAGAACUAUAAUAAUAUUGUUAUGUACAAAUAUUUGUGUUAUAUUUAAUAAUAUAUUCUGUAAAUA